AUGGUUGAACGAAAGUUCCAGAUCAUUGAUAAAUAUGACUUCAACAGAACAUAUCACGGUAUUGAGAUAUCCGAACAGUGGCAAGCCUGGGAGACGGCGCACUUCUUUCGCGUCAGGUCGAUCGUUGAGAAUCCGACAGUAGGCGCCAGGCUUAUUUCCUAUGGCUGCGAUAAUGGAGAUGGUAGUUCACUCAACUGUACGACGACAUGUUCUAACGCAACGCUCAUGUACAAUUCUCCUGAGAACCUUUGGAACUGUAUGGUGCUUGCGACAUUAGGAAUGCUGGUUGGUCCUGGGAAUGAUACGAUUGACCGCGAGAGUGAGAAGAAGAUGGAUGAGCAGUUUCACUUUGGAACUGUUGAGAAGUUCAAUUCUUUGAACGUCUUCCGGAAAGUGAGAGACUGCGCUUGGGCUUCUUGUUCUGACUCUACGUACGGCAGCUGUACGAGCAGUCUACAAGGGUUCAAGUGCGGUUCUGUCUCGUCGGAUAAUAUCGCCAAGUUUGGAAGAGUCAUGGCAAAGCCUUACUGUCAAGCUGCAAGUGCCGGUAUCGAUUUGGAUAUCGCCGGACAAGGUAUCGUCACAGCAUAUGUGAUCCAGCUUGUGCUCGUGCUGUUCCUCAGCCUCUGCUUCAAGCUCACAACAUCCUGGGUCCGAAUCUUUGGCCGCUUGGGUAGCUCAUUCCAAAAGGGCUCUGCGUUUCGAGAGACCUGCCAAAGGUGGCAGACAACACUGUCCGAAACACGCUUCGCAAAAGCUGCUUCCUCCGCUAUGCUCGACUUUCAAGAGUCCCAAGCUCUGUUCGCUGUUACCAUUUCCAUCACGGCCAUCAUCACUUUCGACGGCGGAAAUAGAGCCGGUUUAGCCAACAUGCUUACGCUCUUCUCGUGGAUGUUCAAUCAUCGCAUCCUGCAAGGACUCAUCACAGCAGGCAAUUACCCCGUUCUACUGGCACAGCUCGUGAUGCACCGAGCUGGAGAGCGCCGAUUCUAUACUCUUUUCUUCGUUGUCUUAUCUUGGAUCCUCAUGGCCGUCAUCACCGAGUUUCAACACUUCCACGCCGAUGCAUUUGAACAGCACUUGAAGCAGGUUUCGACCGUGGAUGCUUGCGGAGGUAACCCCGGGCCGAUGAGCUUCUGUCAGGGAAUCAAGGAAAAGAACAGCUAUGACUUCUUCAACGUUACCCUUGCGUGUCGGUUUGCCAUUCACGUCAUUGCAUUGUGUCUUAUCAUUGACUGGGCUGUUCAUUUCGCCAAGACACGAAUGACGGGAGAUAAGAUCAAGUAUACGCAGAUUGGAGGAGACUCUCGAACGAUCUUCUCUUUCGCAGAGACCAGAGGCGCCAAAAUUUCACUGGGAGUGUUUUGGGCUGCUCUUGAACUCCUGACCGUUAUCAUGAUCUUCAUUGGCCUGCGUGAGAUGGUUGAACUUCUUGACAUGCACUCGGCUGAUAGUGGUCUAUCGACAUGGGGCUUUGGACAGCUCGUCGCCGUGGCAAUCUGGUUCCCGGUAAUGAUCAAGUUUAUCUGCCUUACUAUAUUUGGGCCAAGGAGAGAGGUCAAGCAAAACGCCAACAUAGACAAGCCAGAGGUCUUGGAGAUGACCAGUUAUGCGCAGAACAACGAAGCGGACAACUCAGCAUCCAGUUCUGCCUAAACGUUUUUAAAAUAUAUGUCUUGAUAUUUUCAUACCAUGACGCGGUUUUAUGGUGAUGUUUAAUGCUGUCAUGUCGUGUUGGCAGGGGCGAUAGUCAACUGAUUGGUACGCAUUAGAAGAACACGAGUGGGAGAUAAUUGCAAGAAGGCAGGACUAUAUAAGACGCUGAAUGGCACGGGAAGUGGAGCCCUCUUUGAAGAACGCGGCUGUGUACUUUGUUAACAUAAUCAGCAUGGUGAUAGGUAAUGGAGAGGAGGAAGUCAGAUGAGAAAACUGAUCCUACAGAUCAGCAAAAUAUGAAAAGGAAGAACAUCAACGGAGAAUGCAAUCACACCUCAAUCAAACUUUCAUAUGGAAU